GUCAGUUUGAAUUCGAAAGCGAUCUUGUGUAGUACGCAUUUAUCAAGCAUUUCAACGAUUUUCAGUGCGAUUCGUGCGAUUCACUGCGAAUUUCUCUCAAGUGCGAUAAUUCAUAAUAACAAUUUGUAUUUAUUUAUUUGUUCGAUUGUGAAAUUUACGAUCAAAAAUCUACGAAAUGGUCGGAAAAACGGCAAUCGGAAUUGAUUUAGGUACCACGUACUCUUGUGUGGGUAUCUGGCAACACGGAAAAGUCGAGAUCAUCGCCAACGACCAGGGUAACAGGACCACCCCGAGUUACGUUGCGUUUACGGACACGGAACGAUUGAUCGGAGACGGAGCCAAGAACCAGGUGGCCAUGAAUCCCAGCAACACGGUGUUCGAUGCCAAACGUUUGAUCGGCCGUCGGUUCGACGACGAGAAGACGCAAGCGGACAUGAAACAUUGGCCGUUCAAAGUGGUCAACGACUGCGGGAAACCGAAAAUCCAAGUGGAAUUCAAAGGAGAACGGAAAGUGUUCGCGCCUGAAGAGAUCAGCUCGAUGGUACUGACUAAAAUGAAAGAGACCGCCGAAGCGUAUUUGGGUCGUGACGUGACGGACGCUGUCAUUACGGUGCCGGCGUAUUUCAACGAUUCGCAGAGACAAGCGACUAAGGACGCGGGCAUCAUAGCCGGACUGAACGUGAUGAGGAUAAUAAACGAACCGACGGCUGCGGCUUUGGCUUACGGUCUGGACAAGAAUCUAAAAGGAGAACGGAACGUGUUGAUUUUCGAUCUGGGCGGCGGUACGUUUGACGUGUCCGUGUUGCAGAUCGACGAAGGAUCGAUAUUCGAAGUAAAGUCCACGGCGGGAGACACACACUUGGGCGGCGAAGACUUUGACAAUCGGCUAGUGUCCCAUUUGGCGGAAGAGUUCAAGAGAAAGUUCAAAAAGGACGUAAAGAGCAACCCCAGAGCUUUGAGACGGCUGAGGACCGCCGCCGAACGUGCCAAGAGAACGUUGUCGUCCAGCUCGGAGGCCACCAUUGAGAUCGACGCGCUGAUGGAAGGCAUCGAUUUCUAUACCAGAGUGUCUCGAGCCCGUUUCGAGGAGCUGUGCGCGGAUCUAUUCAGAGCGACUUUGCAACCGGUGGAAAAGGCGUUGGCGGACGCCAAGUUGGACAAAGGAGCCAUACACGACGUGGUGCUCGUGGGCGGUUCUACGAGGAUCCCGAAAAUCCAGAGUCUCCUCCAAAACUUCUUCUGCGGUAAGCCACUGAACCUGUCCAUCAACCCGGACGAGGCGGUAGCGUACGGCGCUGCCGUACAAGCGGCCAUUCUCGGCGGCGACACGAGUUCUGCUAUCCAAGACGUGUUGCUCGUGGACGUGACCCCUCUGUCACUCGGCAUCGAGACCGCGGGCGGCGUGAUGACCAAGAUCGUCGAGCGCAAUUGCACCAUACCGUGCAAACAAACCCAGACAUUUACUACUUACGCGGACAACCAACCGGCCGUCACUAUACAGGUAUUCGAAGGAGAAAGAGCCAUGACCAAGGACAACAACCUGUUGGGAACUUUCGACCUGACCGGCAUACCUCCGGCGCCCAGAGGUGUACCGAAAAUCGAUGUAACUUUCGAUCUGGACGCUAACGGUAUUCUGAACGUGUCGGCCAAGGACAACAGUUCCGGUCGUUCCAAGAACAUUGUCAUCAAAAACGAUAAGGGUCGUUUGUCUCAAGCCGAAAUCGAUCGUAUGCUCAGCGAGGCCGAACGAUACAAAGAGGAGGACGAACAACAAAAAGUCAAGAUAGCGGCAAAGAACCAGUUGGAGAGCUACGUGUACGGCGUGAAACAAGCGUUGGACGAGGCCGGUGACAAGUUGACCGAAUCCGAGAAAAACGCAGGUAAACAACAGUGCGAAGCGGUCAUCCAGUGGUUGGACAACAAUCAGUUGGCGGACAAAGAAGAGUUCGAGCACAAACUAAAGGAACUGCAGAAGAGCUGUUCGGAGCUAAUGAUGAAAUUACACGGCGGACAAGCCGGAGGACCACAGGCCGGGUCGCCUGGAGGUUGCGGAUUCCCCGGAUCACAAUCUCGAGGACCGACGGUUGAAGAAGUCGAUUAAUUAUUAUUUGAUUGUAUAAUGUGACUUUUGUUGUAUCGUGUUAUUUAUUUUCUUGUAAAAUAUUCUCAAAUGUUCCAACUAUUAGACUGAUUUUUUUUAUGUUUUUCAAAUAUUUGUACCUAUGUAUAUGUUAUUUUAGUUUUUUAAUAUAAUUCAUUAUGUACUUAGUAUUUUAUUUUCGCGAAAAUAAAUUGUACCUUAUAAGAACAUUUA